AUGUCGAAACAGUGGGCGAGUAGUAACAACGGAGCUUUCAAGAGACAAGUGUCGUCUUUUAGAGAGACAAUCUCCAAGCAGCAUCCGAUUUAUAAGCCUGCAAAGGGCAGAUACUGGCUGUAUGUCUCAUUGGCCUGCCCAUGGGCGCACAGAACGCUGAUCACAAGAGCUUUGAAGGGGUUGACUUCUGUUAUAGGAUGUAGUGUGGUCCACUGGCAUCUGGACGAGAAGGGGUGGAGGUUCCUUGACAUGGGAAAGCAAUUGGGAGAUGAGAAUGAUUUCCUAGAGCAUUGGCACGAUGCCGCUGGCGGAAUCAAGACUGCUAAAGACGACACUAGCACGAGUUUCGCCAGCAUCAAGAACGAUAGUCAAAGAUUCAUGGUCGACGCCACCAAUGAACCUCACUACGGUUACCAAAGAAUCAGUGAUCUAUAUUACAAGAGCGACCCUCAAUACUCGGCAAGAUUCACCGUCCCUGUCCUGUGGGACCUGGAGACUCAAACCAUCGUCAACAAUGAAAGUAGUGAUAUCAUCCGGAUAUUGAACUCUAGUGCGUUUGACGAAUUCGUCGAUGAAAAGUACAAGAAGGUGGAUCUUGUUCCUGAACAUCUCAAACCCGAAAUCGAUGCGUUUAAUUCCUGGGUCUACGACAACAUCAACAAUGGUGUAUACAAGACUGGGUUCGCAGAAAAGGCCAAAGUUUACGAAAGUGAAGUCACUAACGUGUUUGAACAUCUGRACAAAGUGGAGAAGAUUUUAAGUGAGAAGUACGUGGAUUUGAAGGCUAAAAAUGGCGGUGUAGAUGGCAAGCAAAAUAUCUUCGCCGUGGGAGACCAAUUGACAGAAGCCGACAUCAGGCUGUAUACUACUAUCAUAAGAUUCGACCCUGUUUAUGUUCAGCAUUUCAAAUGCAAUUUCACUACAAUCAGAGAUGGAUACCCGUUCACUCAUCUAUGGUUGAGAAACUUGUACUGGAACAACGAUGCCUUUAGGUACACUACGGAUUUCGAUCAUAUCAAGCUGCAUUAUACGCGUUCCCACACAAGAAUCAACCCCUUAGGAAUCACACCUUUGGGCCCCAAGCCAGACAUUCUACCUUUAUAG